AUGAGAUUGGUACAUGAUGACCACACAGUGGCAUGGAUAUGUGCAUUGCCCUUGGAGGUAGCAGUCACGAGGGCUAUGCUUGAUGAGGUUCAUAUGGUAGUGACUAGCCUGCGUGCUGGUGUCCAUGGGACAAUAUCUGCAACAGCUGUUGUGUCAGGCUUGGUGCCCACCUAUCAAAAUGUCCAAUUUAGAUUUAUAUUCGGUGUUAUCCAGUAUGACUACGGUAAGACACUUCGGAAUGGGCAGUUUCAGCACACUGUAUCCCUCGAUAAACCCCCCAAAAGCGACAGUAUACUGGGAAAGAGCGUGCUUGGCCCGAUAUUGACGGAAGCAUUUAAUCACAAGGGCAAAGGAGAAGACUUUUCAGCGUACUCCAUUGCCCAUGGCCAAGACAUACUAUAUUUUGAAACGGAAGCUGCUGGACUCAUGGACAAACUACUGUUACUCAUUAUACAAGAACAGUGGCAAGGAUCCGUCCGCUUCGUGUUUACUACGACAAGAUAUAUAUGGCUGGACCCACGAGAACAGUAUUUUUGGGCCGAGGAUAUGAGAUUUCUAAGGUUGAGGCCUGGAUGGCAAGAAAAACCGGCCUAUCCAGGAGCUAUAUGUGGAUUGGGUGGAAUUGGGAAGACCCACAUCGCAGUUGAACUGACCUAUCGCACUAUAGAAAGAGAUUCGGAAUGCUCAAUUUUCUGUAUUCUUUAUAUUACAGAGAAACUCGGAAUGACUGGAGAGAGACUAGAAGAGGCAAAAGAUGUAGUGAAAAGCUACCUAAGUCGGGAAGAAGUAGGAAGAUGGCUUUUAAUCCUUGACUAUGCUGAAGAUAUAGAUGUGUGGUUCUGUGAUAGUAACAGUGCUCCAAAAGGACAUAUCCUUUUCAUCACACGCAAUCAAGCACUAGCUACGAUAUUGGCACGUCCUUAUGUCACUGCUAUCACGCUUCUUGAGCAACUUGCCUUUCUGCCAUUGGGAAUCACUCAGGCUGCCGCUUAUAUUAACGAAAAUGAGAUCACUAUCUAUAAGAACCUCGAGCUCCUGCGGAUACUGGAAUCAGAGAUAAUCGACCUACUGAGUGAGAAUUUCCAGGACGACAGACGCCAGAAAUCAAGUCCCUUAGCAGGUCAGUACUUGUUAUUUAUGGGUUGUCUCAGUACACGGUCUGUCCCGCAGUCCCUCCUUCCUCCGGCUAAAUCGGAAAAUGACUAUAUCAAGGCUAUAGGCCUACUCAAAGCAUAUUUCUUUAUAAGUACCCAGGCAGAGAGUCCGCUAAUACGUCUGAAUCAACUCAUCCAUCUUGCCAUUCGGAGCUGGAUGCAAAAUAAUGACUACAAUAACCGAAAGAUGUGGUGUGAAUAUUUAGCACACAUAUCUUCACCGCAAGAGAAAUGUGAUUUCAAACAGUAG